AUGUCCAGAAGAUACGACUCCAGAACCACCAUCUUCUCCCCCGAGGGAAGACUGUAUCAGGUCGAGUACGCGCUCGAGGCCAUCAAUCACGCAGGAACGGCCAUUGGAGUGAUGGCAAAGGACGGUGUUGUUCUGGCCGCUGAGAGGAAAGUCACCAGUAAACUGCUGGAACAGGACACGAGCGCGGAGAAAAUGUACGUUUUGAACGACAAGACCGUGUGUGCGGUGGCCGGAAUGACUGCGGACGCCGGGAUCUUGAUCAACAACGUCAGAUACUCCGCACAACAGUACCUCAAGACCUACGGUGAGGAUAUCCCAAUAGAGACUCUUGUGAAGCGGAUCUGCGACGUGAAACAAGGCUACACACAGCACGGAGGAUUGCGGCCGUUUGGUGUUUCGUUCAUCUUUGCUGGAUACGACGACAGAUAUGGAUUUCAAUUGUACACGAGUAAUCCUUCUGGUAACUACUCCGGAUGGAAGGCCACUAGUAUCGGGGCUAACAACAACAGUGCACAGACUCUUCUGAAACAGGAUUACAAAGACGACUUGACUCUCGAAGAGGCCAAGACAUUGGCAUUGAAAGUGUUAAGCAAAACCACAGACAGCAACAAGCUCACUAGCGAGAAAGUCGAGUUUUCCACGAUUGGCCUGGAUGCCAACAACAACAUCAAGCUAAAGAUCUGGAGUCCCGAGAGCAUUGACAAGCUGCUGAAGGAGAGCGGUGUUCUAACCAGAGAUGAGGAAGGAGACGACAAAUAG